UGGAUCAGGCAGCACCAGGGCCAGGCCGUCUCCCCCCGGUGCUUGACGCUCGCCAGGGGCACUGUUGUUCUGGGUGUGGUGGAGUAAAGUGCUGUACAGGACGUGUGGUGCGCCAGUGACAUGGGAGUGGCGGUGUUGGCGAGGCGUGAUGUGGAGCAUAGCAGAGUAUAUAUUGACCAGCUGUACUCAAACGACUCACAAAAAUGCUUCCAGGCAGUGAGCGAGUUGAAGUUUGCGGUGAUAGGCAGUGUGCGGGAGAAAGGCUCCAUCAUCGAGCAGGGCGUGGUGGUGCGGCUGCUGCAGAUACUACGGGCUCCUGAGCUGGACAUUCUGCUCAAGACUGAGGUGGCAACAGUGCUCAACUCCCUGGCCAAGGGUCUGCCAGAGCAUGCAGCGGCGCUGGUGCAGGCUGGGCUGCUGCCUGUCCUGUGGGAACAGCUUGAGAGCUGCCCGAGUGGAGGGAGUGGCAGUGCGUACACUCAGAUGCUGCUGUGCUGCUUGCGCUCUAUAUAUCGGCAAGGAUGUGCCCCGCCACCCCCCGCCUGGGACCAGAAGCUGCUGUCCUCACUCAUCCAGCACGGCUACCACCCCCCCAGCAACCAGGAAUGUGUUGCUAACAUCCUUGCUCAUGCCUGCAAGGUAUCCAGGACAAAUGAGCAGCAGCAGCAGCUAGUGGAUGCUGGUGGUGCUGAUCUGGUGGCCUGCUUGCUGUGUUCCCCAGUGUCAAGGGUACAACUCCCAGCACUACACUGCCUCACUGCAAUGUGCUUCAACAAUGAGAGAGUGUCAUCCAUAAUAGCCACCAAGAGCUAUGGAGGGAAGGCAGUGCCGGACCUCCUGGUGGGGCUGAUGGCACGGGACAGACCUCGGGAUAUGCAGCUUGCCGCCGCCACCGCCCUCACCUUCCUUCACCGUGCUGGAGCUCUCUCUGCCGACGACCCAAGAAUCAUCUAUAAAACCUUGCAGUGUUUGGUACGGAUGUGCAGGCGUGACAGAGAGGUGUGGGAGAGGGUGGAGGCGGCCAACACUCUUGCCUACCUGACCGAGGUGAGCACCGACCUGCAGCGGACAGCAGCUAUGACGGACCACCUCAUCCACACUAUGAACGACUACCUGAAGGACACCACCCCUCCCAACGCAUCCGUGCCCCAGGGCAUCUCUGUCUCGCCCGUCUCCUGCCGGCAGUAUGACAACCCCAGCACGUGGCCAGAGCUGAUGGUGGGGGCGGCACUCAAGGUGUAUGCCUCCCUGGGUGCCAACGACGAGGACAUCCGGCAGAGGGUGAUCAAGACGGAUGUGCUCAUGAACACCAUUGUCACGUCUCUCUCCGCCGCCAGUCCCCCCGUGCAGCUGGCAGCCGUCAGAUGUCUACACUCCCUCUCCAGAUCAGUGCACACGCUCAGAACAACUCUUCAGGACCAUGUGGUGUGGCGGCCCCUCAUGACAGUACUCAAGACCUCCAACAAUGAGGAGCUGGUCACGGUGUCCUCAUCCACGCUGUGCAACCUGCUGCUGGAGUUCUCACCUUCCAAAGAGCAAAUCUUGGACCAGGGGGCGGUGGAGUUCCUGUGUGGCCUCACUAGACGGCCUCAUCCUGGCCUCAGACUAAACGCGGUGUGGGCGCUGAUGAACAUGGCUUUCCAGGCGGAGCACAGAGUCAAGGUGUCCAUCUUGCACCACCUUGGGACAGACCAGAUCUUCCGCCUGCUGUCAGAUACGGACGUCCACAUCCUCAUGAAGACGCUGGGCCUGCUGAGGAACCUGCUCUCCACCAAGGGCCACAUCGACCAAAUCAUGCAGUGCCAUGGCAAGGAGAUCAUGCAGGCCAUCAUCCUCAUCCUGGAGGGGGAACACUCUGCCGAGGUGAAGGAACAGGCUCUCUGCAUCCUGGCGAACAUUGCCGACGGGGACAUUGCCAAGUCUGCCAUUAUGUCCAAUGAAGAUGUCCUCAAAAAACUCAUGAAUUAUAUGGUGAUACCCAACGUGAAGCUCCAGAUUGCUGCCACCUUCUGCAUCAGCAACCUCAUCUGGAACGUGGAGGAGGGCGCGGCGGAGCGGCAAAACAAGCUGAGGGAGAUGGGCGUGUAUAAGUUGCUCCAGAACCUCAUGACCACCACUGACACAGGACUCUUUGACAAAGUCAAGACAGCCCUGCAACAGUUCCACUAAAAUCAGGUCUUCUUGCGUCAAUUUAGAAUGAUUUCUAUAUAUAGAUAUAUAUUAUACAUGAUAACUAGAGUGCUACAGAGUCACUUUUAUUCAUGCUGGGCUCUCACUUCCUGCCGCAGAAGUGGUGUCGCAGUGGUGUCUAUUUUUUUCUGAGCUGACGAUGGAGUGAUGCAAUGAGAUUCUCCUCAAAUUGAAGUUUUUAGUAAUCUUCUCUUUAUGUUCAAUUUGUAUGUACAGUAACUGUAUAUACUAAUCUUCUUAUGAGCAGAAAACUAAGUAUGUAUAGCUGUGACUGACCUCAGUUCUUUGUUUACUAGUUUAGGUCCAAAAAUGAAAACCAGUUUCUUGUAACAAUUACAGAACCCACCUGUGUUGAAUUGUUUUGUUUGUAACAUAACAAAACAUUGUAAUCUGUUUUGGUCGCAUGAAUGUGUUAUGUAUAUUUAACUUUAUUUUUAUGGCAAUGGUAAAAGUAUGAUUUUGCAAGUUUGGGUGGUGCAGUGACAAUUCUACAAGUCCUGGUACUGCAUGUAGAGGACUAAUUCUGUUGUAUCAUAAUUUCCCUUGAGCUGGAGUGUACAUACUUCAUAUUUUUUUUCUUAACACAUUAGGCACACAAAAGUCUCCCCAGCAGAUGUGGGUACUGAUGCAAUGGUUAGGUAGGCUAAUGCUCCUCAUCUUGUGUUAUUUAUUUACAUGUUUGUCUCUUUCUCUUCUCCACCUGCUUUAGGUUGUCUUGAGAAUUAUCCUCUUCUGUUGAUUUGUGUAUUCCUUCAGUCUUUUCCUCUAUGAUGUAGUUAUGAAUAAAUUAAUAUAACUUCCAUUUUUGUUCUCUGUUCCCCUUUCCUCUUCACCUAAUAGAACUCAUUAUUUUUCUAUAAAUUUAUUUUGCUACAUCCUAAGCUUCCUUCUGUCUUCCCAAUAAAGUGUAUUUUCUAUACUAAUCUAUUCUGGUAAUACUGAUAAGAAAUCAAUGCAAUGCAAUCAAUGCCAAAAGUUUAAACAUUUACAGCAAAACCUUAUUAACUUACAUGGAAUAAAAUAUUGUCCAGGGAAAUUAUCUGUCUAUCUAUCUGUUUACUAAGUAUCUAUUUAACUUUCUGUCUGUCUGUCUGUCUGUCUAUCUGUCUGUCUGUUUGCAUGUUUGUCUGUAUACCAGGCUUACAUUUAACUUCGGUGGAAUGAGACAUAAGAUCACAACAUCUCAUUGUAGGAAUAAGAAUAUAGUGAAGGUGGUCUCCCCAUCUCUGUCUCAUGACACGGAGAAGUGUAGCAAUAUUCUUCCAUUCCAGUCCUGGAAUGUGUGGUCAUCCAUGUCCCUCUGUAUGCAGGGAAGUGAUGCUUGCAAUUAUUGAUUAUUGUGUUGGUUAACUCUGAAAACUAAAACUACUAAUACUCAUGUGUUUAGUUGUGUGUGUGUUCAGUUUUUAGAUUAACCCAGCAAGGCAAAGAGAGGAAUGUUAAUUGCACAUAAGUUCUUUGAAAAUAUAAGUUGACAGAAUGCAGUAUGUUAAUUCACUUGGAUGAUGUUUACCAGUUACCAAAAAGUCUGAAUUCUGAACAUGCAUUGUGUACAAGUUAAUAAGAUUUUGCUGUGUGACUUGAGUUUCCAGUGUUUUACAUUUUUACAGUUUAGUAGGAAAUAAUGCAGACACGCAACCAUUCAUUUCAAAUUAGAAGAAGGAAGUAACACAAAUACACUUCACAUUAGUCUUCAUACUUUAAAAAAGCAAUCAACACACACACACACACACACACACCACAUACACUCACACACCACACACACACACACACCACACACACACACACACACACACACACACACACACACACACACACACACAUUCACUCACUCACUCACUCACUCACUCACACACACACACACACACACACACACACACACACACUAUUGGUCAGCAGACUUGGAAAAAAAGGAGUGACACACAAUAUUGACCUACAAACUUGAUAAACACACACACACACACACACACACACACACACACACGUGCACGCACAACAAUUGGUCUACGAACUUGGAAAGGUACAAAUGUUGUUCUUACGAGGUCAUAAAGCUUUACUGCAGGCACAGGAAUGAAGUGACAGGUAUAGAUACUUAGUUCUGUCAUUCUGAGUCAAUAGUUUUUUUAUAAUGAAAAUUUUCUUUUGUUUAUGUGUCAGCCACUGAUAUUAAAAAAGAAAAAAAUGUGAUUGAAUCUAUU